AUGGAGCUGCCGAGCGCCUGCAGCCACCCGGGCUGGUCCGUGCUGGCGCUGGUCCUGGGGCUGCUGCUCUGGGCCAGGAGGAGACAAGGCUGGGACCCACGCAAGUGCCCCACCGACCUGACGGGCAAGACGGUCAUUGUCACCGGAGCCAACAGCGGGAUCGGCAAGUGCGUGGCCCUGGAGCUGGCCCGCAGGAACGCCCGCACCAUCCUGGCGUGCCGGAGCCGGGAGCGGGGCCAGGCGGCGGUGGAGGAGAUCCGCGCGGCCACUGGCAACCCCGCGGUGCUGCUGCGCCUGCUGGACACCAGCUCGCUGGCCUCCGUGCGCGCCUUUGCCCAGGCGGUGCUGCGGGAGGAGACGCGGCUGGACGUGCUGGUGAACAACGCCGGCCUCACCGGGCUGCCCUUGAGCAUCACGGCGGAGGGGCUGGAGCAGACCUUCACCACCAACUACCUGGGCCCCUUCCUGCUCACCAACCUGCUGCUGGACCUGCUGAAGGCCUCGGCACCCGCCCGCAUCGUCAACGUCUCGUCCUUCCGCCACGCCGUGGGCACCGUCGACAUCCGCUACCUCACCGGGCAGGCGCAGCCCGGCGGCUACGACCCCAUCUACAACAGCACCAAGCUGAUGAACGUCCUGUUCUCCGCCGAGCUGGCCCAGCGCCUGCAGGGCACAGGGGUGACCACCAACAGCGUGAACCCCGGCGUGGUGAGCACCGGAAUCAUGCGGCGCUUCAGCUGGCCGCUGCGCACCCUCUUCUUCCUCAUCCGCCCCUUCAUCAAGUCGGCGGAGCAGGGCGCCGUCAGCACCCUUUACUGCGCCAUCUCGGAGGAGGUCUCGGGCAUCACGGGCAAGUACUUCGACAGCGACUGCGGCCUCGUGCUCCCCUCCGCAGCCGCCCGCGACGCCGGCCUGGCUCGCAAGCUCUGGGAGGAGUCGGAGAGGCUGACGGGGCUGCUGGCAGGCCCCCAGAACUGA